ACGCCCCGGUUGCGCCUUUCAAACGCCGAGAGGGAGCGAGAGAGCGGGAGCGGCGCCCUGAGGGACUGCGGGCGGCGGCCAGCGGUGACUGGUAGAAGAGAGCUGCUCUUGAUGAUGUCGAGGAGAAAGCUGGAGAAUAAAAGCCUUUCUGGCUUGUUGGCCACAUCUCUGCACACACCAAUCAAGACAGAUAAUUUCCACAAUUUUUAUAUGCUUGAAUCAAAAGAGCUAGGAAGAGGAAGAUGUGCUGUGGUUAGAAAAUGUACAGCUAAAUCCACAGGCCAAGAGUAUGCAGCUAAAUUUUUAAAGAAGAGACGAAGAGGUCAAGACUGCAAAGCAGAGAUUCUGCAUGAAAUUGCUGUCCUUGAAUUAAUGAARUCCAAUCCUCGCAUAGUUAAUCUCCAUGAAGUCUAUGAAACAGCAAAUGAAAUCAUCUUAGUGUUGGAAUAUGCUGCUGGAGGAGAAAUAUUUGACUUGUGUGUCCCWGAUCUGGAUGACAGAAUUGGUGAAAGGGAUAUUGUAAGGCUUAUAAGGCAAAUACUUGAAGGACUUUGCUGCUUGCAUGAAAACAAUAUUGUUCAUCUUGAUUUAAAGCCUCAAAAUAUUUUGCUAAGCAGCGCCAAUCCUCUUGGUGAUGUAAAAAUUGUGGAUUUUGGGAUGUCCCGGAAGCUUGAGAAUUCCAGUGAACUGCGGCAGAUCAUGGGAACAACRGAGUAUCUCGCUCCAGAAAUCUUAAACUACGAUCCUAUUACUACAGCUACUGACAUGUGGAACAUUGGCGUCAUCUCAUACAUGCUGCUGACACAAGAGUCUCCAUUUGUGGGAGCUGAUGUCCAAGAAACUUACCUUAAUAUAUCUCAAGUUAACGUGGAUUUUUCAGAAGAAACAUUUUCAUCAGUUUCACAGCCUGCAAAAGACUUCAUUCAGAAACUUCUCAUAAAAAAUCCAGAGGACAGGCCCACAGCAGCGGACUGUCUCUCCCAUUCCUGGUUGCAGCAGGGGGAGUUCACACUCCUGUGCAGCCCUGAAGAAACUUGCUACUCCUCUCAGCUGCCAGGACACCCCACAAAGUGUUCAGAAGAGCGGAGUGUAAAAUCCAGCUGCAAUGGUACCUGCAGUGACAAGGAGGACAAGGAAAACAUUCCAGAGGACAGCAGUACAGUAUCCAAACGCUUCCGUUUUGAUGAUUCCUUGCAGUAUCCCCAAGACUUCAUGACAGACUUUGUGUGUUAAUGUGUAAUAGAGACUUUUCAUGAAAUGAAUUCAGCAUAAUCUGUUCCAGUGGUGAAAAUAAGGUUCUGGCCUGCCAAUUUGUGCAGCAUUGGCAUACUGGAAAUGCACUUUGAUUCUUUUAUGCUGGUGCCUCCUUUUUUAUCCAUUGCUGGCAGUGGAUUUAACUCCUGAGGAAUUGGAGUUGUUGCGCCAAUAAAAUGAACUAUUUUUCUUAAGAAGAUAUAAUUAAAUAUUUUUGCACUUUUCAAGUUCUAGUCAAAAGAUGAUGCUGGAGUGAACAAACUGAAACAUGCAAAUGAGUUUGUCUAAGCACAGCCUUUGCCAAACAGUAGUUGAACACACGCAUGCUUUUCAGACUAGUCUUAGUAAGAAAUUGGGAAGGRAAACAGGGAAACCGAAUUUUGCUGGUUUACUGGACUUGCUUGCUACCAUUCCCACCACUUUAAAAAGAGGCUAAAGUUGGUAUGUUUUGGGACUAUGGUACAUCUGUUGGGGCCAUUUGGAAACCUGUUUUCCCUCUAGGACCACUGGGAGUUCUGUUUUAUAAAUCUGGUCCACUUGGGCAUUAUAAUGGAUAUUCUGUGUGGUUAUGCUGUGUUGGAUCUUUGCAACACUUUGCAUAGAAAGUGGAGAGAUUGUCCUUAUUCUUGUGGUCCUUGGCUUCUUACUGUACAUUUGAAUAAAAUGAGUUUCCUGUGCUGAUAUGAAUAUUUUAAAUUGCUGGUUUGCUUUCAUCAAACUUCUGAAAUAGUAUCAUCUACCUGUAUUGACUUUUUCCUUAUCUUAAAAAAAAAAAACCAAAACCCAAAACAAACCCCACCCCCC